AUAUCUAUAUAUUUGCUAUAUAUAUGGCCUCAGGAACAUCUACAAUAGCAACAAAAAAAAUAAGAAGGCACUUGUUAGCUAAAGCUUCCAGUUCUUUUAUUAUCAUCCUUACUGAACUUGCUAUAUAGUAAUUAAGAUAUUCGAAUGGGAAAUAGCGCUCUCGGUGGAAGUUUAUGCAAUGGCAUGAAUUUUCCAUGCCAAUUAAAGUUAGGAAGGCAUGUGGCUAUUAAAGUAAUAAAGAAAAAAGAGAGUAAGUUAGAAGAAGAAGAUGAAGAAGAUGAAUAUGAAGAUGAAGAUGAAGAAGAAGAUGAUGAUGAAGAUGAAGAUGAUGAAGAAGAUGAAGAUGAAGAUGAAGAUGAAGAUGUAGAUGUAGAUGAUGAGAAAAAGAUAGAUGAUGGAGAUAAAAAUAAGAUACCAAAUAACUUAACUAAGGUAACAUACACAGUAAGUGAUUGGUCAAAAUGUGAACUGGAGUAUAGGGAGAGUAAUAAUUGCAACAUUGCAUCAUUCACUCUACGUGAUAAUAAUAAAAACUUAGAUAUCCAUAAUCAUUUUACAAUUAGAAAAGUUGAACCUAAUUACCUUGAAACAUCUGACUUCGAGCCCAAGUUCGACUAUUCAAGGGGAGACUUUGAAGUUACGAGACUCAAAUCAACUUUUGACUGGAGCAGGUCCGGUAAUGAAUGGCGUGGUUUUACUGAAUCGAGUUUUCUCUUUUAUCACACCGAAGGUACAAAUAGAGGUCUCGUUGUCGUGGAGCGAAAGAAAAAGAGUAAAGAUGAAAAGCCCUUUAUGGUGACUGUGGCACACUACUAUUUUAUUCAUGAUUUUUAUGUAAAUCUGUUUAAGAUUGAUAUUGGCCUUUCAGUUAUAGUAAAGGUUGAAUCAAUAAAAAAUGAGGGUUUGUAUUCUACGUUGGAAGGUCCGACACAACAUCCCGCUUCGGCAUUAAUUUAUAUGAUGGAUGAAGUAAGAAGAACUGGAAUUUGGAAGCCUGCAACUUGUCCUCAUUGUGCCACUCUUGAAGAGCAGCAAUCUUCAAGAGCAAAAGGGUCAUUUAGUCGAAGGGCUAUUAAUAAUGACGGAACUUUUAACGGUAAUGGUAGCGGCAAUAUGAUCCAGGGAGACUUUAACCAAUUUACUAUAUAUAGAAAGUAAUAAAAUGAAAUAAUUAACUGUUUAGGGUAGCACAAUAAUGUUCAAGCAUAAUAUAACUAAAGACUGCCCAGUGUAUUUGAACUACUUUCUUCAGUGUAAAUACUAGCUGUAUCCUUUUCUUGCAUUGUUAAUUAAUAAAAAAACGUAAUAAUCAGUGGGCAUUAAUUAGAGAUACCCCUUGUACUAUAGGCCUGUUAGUUUUAACUCAAUAAACUAAAUAAUAAUGAAAUAAAGAAAGGCUAAUUAUGUUUAACACCUUCUCUCAAACUGGAGUUGAUGUUGUUCAAUCCUAAUAGAGUAUUAAAAUGACCGCGGUGAAGCGGCUUGGUGUAAAUGUCGGCAAUUUUGUCUUUGGAGUGUAACUCCAUUGGAUGAAUGGUCUUAGCAAGAACUUUAUCAUGCACGACAUGACAGUCACUACUACAAUCUAAAAUCCUGGCACAUAGGUUGAAGAAAUUAGUUGGAAGGUUAAUUUUUUAUACUCUUUCCUUCUAUAACAAGAGGUAUUUUCUUUGGGGUGGUUUUGGAGGUCAGAAAGAAGAUGCAUUGGGUGAGCUAGGACAUGGUUUGUAUGGCUAAAGAAGAAGGAAGGUUGGGUACAAACAACAUUGAAACUUUUAACAAAUCACUUCCUAUUAAAUGGAAGUGGAGAAUCUUGAUGGAGAGAGAAGAGAUGCCUUGUGGUAUGGAAUAUUGUCUCAUAGGUACAAAGACCCAGGUAAGUUAAUGUUUAUAAACGAUAAAAGAGUGCUUAUGAAAAAUGACUCUAUUUGGUGGCGUGAUCUGGUUACUUUAGAUUCUAAGGAAGGUUUAAAGAAAAACAUAUUUUUUGAGAAUAAUAUAUGUAAUUGUUAGAAAUUGAUAUUUUUCUAACAUAUUACUUUUCUUGUUAUGUCACAUUACUUGUUUAGUCAUUUUGCUUGUUAUGUCACUUUGCUUGUCAUGUCACUUUACUUGUCUUGUUUUUUAUAAUAAUUAGAUU